CAAAGCAGAAAAAAAAAGAACAAUGGCGAUCAACGGAGGGGAGGCGAGACACCGGCAGCGGCAGCGGAGAUAUGAUGGUGAUAGUGCGUUAAUUCCUCGCCGAAGAAGAAUCCGACUCUUAACAAGCUCAAAAAAGCCGUCAUAGUUACCGCAUUAGGGGGUGUCGGCGGUAUAGUAGGAAUGGUUAUCAUGGCCCCACUGGCGAGGCGUUACCCUCGAGCCCUAGGAUCACUGAGUCGAACUCAGGUUUUGUUCAUCUUCAUAAAACCCUACAACCCCAUUUCCCGAAGUAAUGUGCUUUAUAAUCAAAGAGAAAUGGGUUUCGUGAAUCAGUUCGCUCGGGACUAUUCAACAUUUGCCGCUGCAGCAUGUGGAAUCGAUUCGAUAAUGAGAGUAACCAGAGGCAAAGAUGAUCUUACGAAUCACUUGGUCUCAGGAUCAGGUGCUGGGUUGGCAUACUCUUUUGUGAGCCAAGGCUUUAAAGUACGACCUGCACACGCACUCCUCACCGCUGCGGGCUCCGCUGUUGUUAUGUCAGGAACAGUGUAUAAGGGUUAUGAAAUAAUCAGAUCGCGCAAUGCCCAAGACUCCUUUUACACAGAGGCAAGAGCUAUGCUAUCGAAGUUAAGCCUUGAGGAUUACGAGAAGAAUUUCAAGAAGGGACAUCUCACCGAUUACACCUUACCAUUGCUCACUGACAGUGACCUAAAAGAAGUGACCAUUCCACCAGGGGCAAGGCUUUUGAUACUAGAUCAUAUCAAGAGGUACCAUAAGAUGGUAAACCGCAAGUGAGGAAAGCAGUAAACUGACCCAAAUAAUUAUAUAACUAGACGUGCGGUCAGUGGCAUGAAGAUCUCUUCUGAUACUCUAGAGCUUACUCAAAAUUGGAAGCGUUACCUCAGUUCUCUAACCUGUCUUGGGACAAUCGGAAGUGUUUCUAAGUUGCUGCCCUACACACUGGUCGUGGAAUUUGAGUUCAAAAUAGAGGCAUGGCCAAUAAAACUCUCUUAUGUGCCACCAUGUUUUGUAUCAGCCCUCAUGUAUGUUCAGCUUUCGACACCAGUCACAACGAGAACAUCAAGCCAGAUGACAUUAGCAGUUUCUGAGGAAUUGCCGUGUUCUGAAGAACUUACUCGAAGCGAGAGAUUCCUUGACAUCGUCAAGAAAAUAAAAAAGGUUCAAAGAGAGUCUAAAAGGUGCAACAUUGUCAUUGGUUGAGCCACAUUCGUAGACAAGAUGAAGAAUGAAUCCAACCUAUACUUAAGCAGUAUUAUAUCUUUUAUAGCUUUUUUUUAUGUGUGUGGGCAUGGCUUCAGGUUUCCUAGGUUCGACCUAGAUGUUAUCAGUUCAUUCAAUUUGCCUUCUUUAGGAGU